AACUUUUGAUGUAAGUGGUAUCUUAUCAGAACUUGGAAAGAUCAUGCCUAGAACUUUAGUAGAAUCAAAUAUUUCAGCUAGAUGGAGAUUUAUGCCUGAUAGUUUAAAACAAUUUUUUGAAAACUGUAGUUUAUUGAUUGAAGAACAGCAUGAGGUAUCCAAUAAUGGAGUUCUCUUGAAAAAUUUUGUUAUAAGUAUUUGUGAUUUCAUUAAUGAUGAGCAUCUGAGAAUUUUAGUUAGGCAUUCAAUGCAAUCUUUAAAAUUUUUUUCUUUAUGGAAUAAGAAAUUUAUGGUGAGCGAAGCUGGAAUUGAUGAAGCAAGCCAAUG